GAGAGAGAGAGAGCAAGCGCAGCCACUCAUUCGUCCCUCACUCCAGGCUCUAAGUUUACAGGCAGCCAGGCAGAUUUUCUUGGCUUGGAUGCAGCGCUCAUGACAGGAUUAGGAGCCUGGGAUACAGGAUCAACCGGAGAUCUGCAGGUUCUAGUGGAUGAGCCCAGGUCAGAUUCUCACCCUGCACAGCAGUGACUGACCUGUAUCCCUUCCUCAUCCAACUUCCGAAAUUGACCUGAUUGCCAGGCUCCAUCCUCUCCUCUCCUGUCAUGCAUCUCCUUGUUUCCCUCCUGCUCUUGCUACUCCUUGGAUCAGCAGAACCCCGGAGAGGCCCUCGGUCAAAGGCUGUGGAGAGGGGCGCACGGGGCCAUGUACGGGGUAGAGGCAGGCCCGGCGUCAUGAGGCGUCAAACUGAGGUGUGCUUGGAAUACAUGGAGUCAGGAGAAAAAUACCUUGACUGCCAGGAUAGGCAGCUGACCACUGUGAUGCAGGACUGGCCCAAAGAUAUCCACCACCUACUGCUGGCGAGAAAUAGGAUUCAGGUUUUGAGGGACAACAUGUUUGCUCAGUUCACCCAGCUGAAGAGCUUGGAUCUCCAGCAGAACCGCAUCUCCAGGGUGGAGGAUGAUGCGUUCAGUGGCCUCUCCCAGCUCAAAACCCUGCUCCUCCAGCACAACCAAAUGACAACAGCCUCCGAGGAGGUCCUGCUCCCCCUACCCCGCCUUACUUAUCUCCGUCUCUAUGACAACCCGUGGAGCUGCCUGUGUCCCUUGGAAAGCUUGAUCAGAAAACUGCAGCUGCCAGGCAACCGCAACUUGGGCAAUUACGCCAUAUGUGCAGAGCCUCUUUCACUGAAGGGUCAGAAACUAAAAAAGUUGACUGUAGACCUGCUGUGUGAGGAAGACAAGGGGCCAGAACCUGGAGUUGUAGAACGGCCAAAGCCUCCGCCAAAAAUAAGGAAGCCAGAUGCCACCUCCAUGUGCCUCACGUACAUGUUUCCCAAACCGCUGCUGGACUGCAGCAACAAAGAUUUGAUUAGCAUCCCACCUGACCUGCCAUCUGACAUAGUGAGGAUGGAUCUGUCCAACAAUAAAAUAAAACAUCUCAAGCCAAAACAUUUUGUGCUGUCCAAAGACCUCAAACUUCUCAACCUCAGCAGUAACAACCUGCACCAUAUAGACACAGCUGCAUUUGCAGGCCUGCUGUACCUCCGUGAGCUUGACCUCUCCAACAACAGUCUCCAAUACUUCCAGUACAGUGUACUAGAGGACCUCUACUUCCUACGGAAGCUCUCACUGGACAACAACCCGUGGUUCUGCGACUACAACAUCCACUACCUAAAUUACUGGCUCAAGCACCAUCCUGGCGUCCAUCACACUGGCUUGAUCUGCUCAGGGCCGCCUGAGUUCAAGGGCUGGCGUGUCGCGGAUUACGUCAAGACCUACAACGGGGAAUGUCCUGUAGAUAAACAAACAGAAGGGACAGAUACAGGACAGGGGGCACAAGAACAGUCAGAAAAUGACGCACAGAAGCCAGGGAUGGACAAUAGUGAUGGACAGGGUGCAAAUCUUCCACAACACCUGAAAAAGGCGGCACCAAACAAAUUUAAAAUCAUCAGGCUGAGCUAAAAUGCAGACGGCUCAGAGGACUGGUAGAAACGUAUACAAUAAGAUUGAAAUGGAUGUCUGAGAACAAGCUGAACGAUGGCUUAAUAAAAGGAGGAACUCUGUUUUGUGGUAAAAUCCAUUACGUAGGCUAUUAGGGAUAAAGCUUCCCUGUUCUGUAUGGGUUGCAGAAAUACCUAACUCUAUCACUUUUCUCUCUUACAGUAAUUUUAAUUUUGACUUCAGGAUAUACUUUUUUUUUCUUCUAAAAAGUAGUUUUUGGUCUUUUGGUAUUAACGUAUGCUUUUGUCUACUUGUUUUCAGGAAAUAAAAUUUGUUGUUUUUUGUAUUGUUUUUUUCUGAAAAUGUGUUUUACUAUGUGAUCGAAAAUUUCCAGAUACAUUGCAGGUAAUGUGUCAAGGAUCACAAAUGAUUAUUGCUAAAGUGUUCCAUAUUCCAUAUCAUUAGCUGCUUAUGGUGG